AUGGAGCCUGAAACCUUAGAGAUUUGCCCUUACAACCCUCACCACCGAGUGCCACUCAGCAGAUUUCAGUACCACCUGGCAUCCUGCAGGAGAAAGAACCCCAAGAAAGCUAAAAAGAUGGCUAGCUGCAAAUACAACGCCUGCCACGUGGUCCCCAUCAAGCAGCUGGAGGAGCACGAGUCUGUCUGUGUCAACAGGAGCACUGAGGAAGACGACAUCUUGAGCCCCCUGAAAGUUAACCUCCCAGAUUCACAGAAGGGGACCACCCCUCCGGUGUCCCCCCAGCUUGCUCACAGGGACGUGUGGAAUGUGGACAGCCACCCCAUGUUCGUCCUUAAGACUUUUGUUCCCCAGAAGCUUGUUUGUGAAAGCAACACAAGAGUCAGAGAGAGGAAGGUCCCCCCCAGGGCCUGA